AUGAGAAGUGAUGAUAUGAAUGUUAACCAUCUCUCACUGGAUUCACUCAGUUUGAUUGAGCCAGAAGAUUCAGAUCAUGUCAAGAUCCUGGAUGAUGAAUCUGAAACAGAGCUGGACGCUCAGGGUAAGGUGGACAUAUUCAUCAAAUCCUCUUACAUUUAUAAAGAAUUUUAACGCAUAAAGUGCACUUGUGUUUCUCCAUCAGAGGUGAAGUCAAAUGAUUCGUUGUCUACUGGAGAAAUAUACCUACAGGCCUGUAAACUGGUGGGUGUUGUGCCGGUCAGAUAUUUUCUCAGAAAUCUGGGUUCUGACACGAUUAAUAUGAAUCAUCAUGGAUUGGGUCCACUGGGAGGAAAGGCCCUGGCCAUCGCUCUUGUGACAGAUGUUCACACCACAACCCUGCAGUUAGCAGAUAACUUUCUAUUAGCUGAAGGAGCAAAAUAUCUCAUGGAGAUGCUGAGGACCAAUCUCACUAUUCAACAUCUUGAUCUGUCCAACAAUCACUUGCAGUCUGCAGGCGCUGAAUCUGUGGCUAAAAUGCUUCUAGAAAACAUUUCCAUCGUAUCAUUAAAACUUUCAGGGAAUAAAUUUGGUGAAGAUGAUGCCAGAUGGUUUGCAGAUGCUUUAUCGAGCAACUACAGAGUCAAAGAGUUGGAUUUGAGUCACAAUCACUUCUGUGGACGAGGUGGGGAGCAUCUCGGUCAGAUGAUAGCAAACAAUGACGGUUUAGAGAUUCUUGAUCUCAGCUGGAAUCAUCUGCGAAUGAAGGGAGCCGUUGCUUUCUGUGCAGGUCUAAAGGUCAACAGUACUCUCAAACAUUUGGACCUGUCAUGGAACGGCUUCGGGAAUGAAGGAGCUUUGGCUUUAGGUGAAGCUCUCAAGUUCAACAACACAUUAAUAGAUCUAAACAUGAACAACAACCGCAUCACAGACGAGGGUGCGAGUAUGCUCUGUAAGGGCCUGGAGACUAACGACACACUGCGAAUACUGAAGUUGGCAUAUAACUCAUUGACAGUAGAGGGAGCUUUAACUCUGAUCAAUGUCAUCAGGAAUACACCUAAAACUGCCAUAGAGGAGAUCAACAUAUCUAAUGUGCUGGUGAAUGAGAACUUUGUUCAGCUGUUAGAGUUGACCUGUCAGGAGAAUCCCAGUCUACAGGUGCAGUAUGGAGGGGUCGGGGGAUUCAUUGCCAAAAAGCCCCGAAAGCGCAUUGACCCAAUGAAGAUCAUUCAGGAUUAUCUUGACCAGCGCAAACUUCGCCUGUGGGAUUUUUUCCGUAAUAUUGACAAGGACGGUACGAUGCAAGUUUCAGUCGUAGACUUCAGAAAAGCUGUUCAGCAAUCCAGCAUCCCACUGGAGAGAUUUCAAAUUGAAGAACUGAUUCAGAGACUGGACAGAGACGGGACAGGGAUGGUGGAUUACAGAGGCCUGGCGGACACACGGAAGCAGAUGAUGCGAGAUCACCGCCGUCAGCUGAGGAAAGUGGAGUCUCGGCAGAAGAAGGAGAAACAAAAGAGCGACAGGAUCCUGAAGACUUUCGAGAGCGCCGUGGAGGCGGUGACUCCUCACAGCUCUAUGUUAAUAUCAGCCAGCGGUGUUAGGGAGGAAUGGAGCGGACCGCAGCACUUCUCUGCUACACCGCUCAGCUCUUGGCAUCAUAUUGUCAUGUCUAACAGCAGUCGUUUCUCUGUUAAUAACAUGAGCAGUGAACACAUUCACCUGCCCGUCAUAGCAGGGGCAACGUCUUACAAACCAUUGAGCGUACGCUCGUAUUCCCAACCCAACAUCUCCACCAGCGGCCACAAACCUCCCAUCAGUAAACCAGCAUCAGCCCAGGGAAUGAUACAUGAUUCAACAUCUAACCCCAUGACUCCAACAGCUAACCUGACCAGAUCCAGACCGGCAUUAAACACACAAACAACUGCUAAAGCAGGAGAGAAAAACAAGAAAAGAAGACAAAGAAAAGGAAAGUAAAAAAGUCCAAACAUCAUCUGAAACUAACCUAUAAAGGUUGAGUUCAAUAUGAAGUGGGGAAGAGUUGGGCACAAACUAACACUUUUUGGCUUUGUCUCUAUCAUUAAAAAUAUUUAAGUUAGAUGAAUCAUUUUUUACCCAAUAAACACACACAUCUCUGCUACAAAUGAAGACUUAAAGUUUGUUUGUGUGAUCUACCGUUAUCAUACAAUUACACCGAAAGUGACAGGAGUGCAAACGUUACCCCAUAGGUGGGCUUCAUUAUAACAAACAGAGGGUUUGUUGAAA